AUGUCACUUCCUACCAAGUCAGUUUCGCCCAAGGCAACACCCCUACCUCCUCUACCCAAGGAAGAUCCAUUGACGCCGGCGCAAUGGAAGACGCUGCUCGCCAUUGCCGACGCGUGUAUACCAGCAGUCAAGCCAACAUCGACCGCCAACGCCAGGACCGAGAUUGCAGCUACGGAUACUGAAUAUUCAACCGCUCUUUCUGCGUUGCGAGCACUUACGCCGGAGUCAGAUCCAGAUGCUUCAGCUGCUGCAAGAGACUACCUCAACGACUAUGCAUCCUCCAAUCCAGUAUUCAAGCAGGAGCUGCAUCGUAUAUUUGCUCUCUAUAUGCCCUCAUCAACCCGCAAAGAGCUCAUCAUGGUUCUCAACGUACUCAACACCCGCGCGGGUUCUUUCGCUUUAACGGGCUACUUCACACCUAUCAGCGAACAGCCCGUCCAAAUCCGGGAAACCAUCCUCCGAAGCUGGGGCACGGCAAGACUAGGAACGAUCCGCGGCCUUCACCGCUCCUUGACCGUGCUAUCGAAACAGACCUGGAUCAAGACGACUCCAACCCUGCGACGUGUCCUGGGCGUGCCUCGCGUACCCACAGGUAUGAAACCCGGAAAAGGGCACGACUACGAAUUCAUACAGUUCCCUCCCGGCGACAGGCCAGAAGUCGUGGAGACAGAUGUUGUCAUCAUAGGCAGCGGGUGCGGUGGGGGCGUCUGCGCAAAAAAUCUCGCAGAAGCCGGGAACCGCGUGCUCGUUGCGGAGAAAGCGUACCACUGGACCCCGGACCAUUUUCCCAUGAGCGAAGCAGAUGGGUGGAACCACCUUUUUAUGAACGGCGCAUUUAUCAGCUCGGACGACAUGAGUACGAGUAUCGUCGCCGGGCAGGCAUGGGGUGGUGGUGGGACGGUCAAUUGGUCGGCGAGCCUGCAGACGCAGGGGUAUGUGAGGAGAGAGUGGGCAGAGAGAGGACUGCCGUUUUUCACCUCUGCUGAAUUCCAGGAGAAUCUGGACAGGGUGUGUGGGCGCAUGGGUGUGAGUGCGGAGCAUCUGGAGCAAAACCGGGCGAAUGCAAUGUUACUCGAGGGCGCGAGGAAACUGGGAUAUAACCACAAGGUCGUUCCGCAGAAUACCGGUGGCGCACAGCACCGCUGCGGACACUGCACUUUUGGCUGCGGGUCAUGUGAGAAGCAAGGCCCUGUGAUAUCCUACUUACCGGAUGCAGCGAGAGCAGGCGCGAAGUUCAUCGAAGGCUUCCAGGCCGAGAGAGUCGUCUUCAAGACCAUCGGUGGGAAGAAGGUUGCAACAGGCGUAGCUGGCUCCUGGAUAUCGCGCGACAUCAACGGCAGCGUCGCCGGCGAACCCACCACGCGCCGCAAAGUCAUCAUAAAAGCAAAGCGUGUCAUCGUCUCAGCCGGCACGAUGCAAAGCCCUCUGCUGCUCCUCCGCUCCGGCUUGAAGAGUUCCCACAUUGGACGCAACCUCUACGUGCACCCCGUCGCAAUGCUGGGCGCCAUUCACAAGGAAGAAAUAAAGCCCUGGGAGGGCGCAAUCCUCACCUCGGUAGUUGGCGAGUACGAGAACCUCGACGGACGCGGCCACGGCGCCAAACUCGAAGCCACGAACAUGAUUCCCUCGUCCUGGCUCAUCUGGCUGGACUGGAAGAGUGGACUGCAAUACAAGCUCGACGCGGCACGCAUGAAGCAUAUGACGGGCUACAUCUCGAUUUGCAAGGACCGCGAUACGGGCAGAGUGUAUCCGGAUCCUGUGGAUGGACGAGUGAGGUUCUCGUACACACCGAGCAAGUUUGACAAGAAGCACAGCAUGCAGGGAUUACUUGCACUGGCCAGGAUCCAGUACGUCGAGGGCGCGAGCGAGAUGUUUACCAAUGUGCCUGGAGUGUCGACGUUCAAGAGGGACCCAGGGCUGCCGGCAACAGGGAAUGGGAUCAACGACGCGAGGUUCCAGGCGUGGCUGGCCGAGAUUCAGGCGGUAGGAUUCCCAAGCCCGGAGAGUGUGUUUGUGUCGGCGCAUCAGAUGGGGACGUGUCGGAUGAGUGCGGUGGAGAAGGAAGGUGUUGUAGAUCCCACUGGCAAGGUCUGGGGUACAGAGGGGCUGUACGUUGCCGAUGCCAGCGUGUUUCCUAGUGCGAGCGGUGUGAAUCCCAUGGUGACCAACAUGGCUAUCUCGGAUUGGAUCUCGAGGGGUGUUGCUGACGGGCUGGUUUCGAGAGCGAUGCUGUAA